AUUACUUUGACAAUCAAUUGUCACUUUUGAAGGUGCUUCCAUCUCCUUUAACCAGAUUUCAUAAACAAAUCGAUCAUUUUAAGAAACUUUAGAAACUUCAAGUCAAAAUUCCCUGAUUGGUAACGCAUUUCGUCAAAAACGAUUUAAAAUAGGUGCUAUCAUGGCUUUGCAGGCAUCUAAGAACCUCACCAGCAGUAUAUUUCAGUCCAAAAAUACAAUUUGGAAAGGACCCAAUCAUUUACUAAGACGUUGCACCUCAACGGAAUGGUCAAAUUUAACCGAAAGGCCCAAGAAGAAAGUAACUGAUAUGCCACCGAUGUCAGAACCUGUUCGGGGUCUUCCAAAAGCAAUCUAUGCGAAUUUCAGAGAAGAAAAUCAACAUACUAAAGUAACUAUUAUGCCUAAUGGAUUACGAGUUGCUUCAGAGAACAGAUUUGGCGAGUUUUGUACUGUGGGUGUUGUCAUUGACUCUGGCUCCAGAUAUGAAGUAGCUUAUCCAAGUGGAAUCUCCCACUUUUUAGAGAAACUAGCCUUCAACUCAACAAAACACUAUCCAGAUCGUGAUGAAAUUAUUAACAAACUGGAAAAACAUGGGGGCAUAUGCGAUAGUCAAGCCUCACGGGAUACUUUCAUUUAUGCUGCAUCAGCGUACACCACAGGCUUAAAUGAUGUUAUCCAGCUACUAGCAGAGGCCACAUUAAGGCCCCAAAUCACACCUGAAGAAGUUGAUGGAGCGAAACAGGCUAUACACUUUGAACUGGAAACUUUGCACAUGAGACCUGAACAGGAAACGAUUCUCAUGGAUAUGAUACACGCGGCAGCCUACAGGGAUAAUACUUUAGGACUUCCCAAGCUCUGUCCUUCAAAAAAUCUGGACAAAAUUGACAGAGAAAUGCUGUUUUUGUACUUGAGUCAACAUUAUACUCCACAAAGAAUGGUUGUUGCUGGUGUUGGAGUGGAGCAUGAACGAUUGGUUGAAGCAGUCCAGAAAUAUUUCGUCGACAGCAAACCACUAUGGGAAAUGGAACAGCUUUUCGGAAAAAAGAACAUUUCUGGUGUGGACAAGAGCGUUGCUCAAUAUACAGGAGGGAUAGAGCAGGAAGAAUGUGAUAUUCCUCAAUUCGCUUCAGCUGGUUUGCCAGUCUUAUCGCACAUAAUGAUCGGCUUGGAAGGCUGCUCGCACCAGGAUAGUGACUUUAUUGCAAUGUGCGUGCUGAAUAUGAUGAUGGGUGGCGGUGGAUCAUUCUCAGCUGGUGGUCCUGGAAAAGGCAUGUAUACGAGGCUUUAUACCAAUGUUUUAAACAGGUACCAUUGGAUGUACAGUGCGACAGCUUAUAAUCAUGCCUAUAAUGAUACCGGAUUGUUUUGCAUACACGCUAGUGCACCUCCAAACUAUGUUAGAGACAUGGUAGAAGUUAUUGUUAAAGAGUUGGUUAACAUGGCAAGUUCCAUCGGAGACCAAGAAUUAAGGAGAGCAAAAACUCAACUGCAAUCUAUGCUAUUGAUGAAUCUUGAGAGCAGACCGGUGAUGUUUGAGGAUAUUGGCAGACAAGUAUUGGCUACUGCACACAGAAAGCGGCCCGAAUACUUCAUUAAGGAAAUUGAAAAAAUAACAAAGGAUGAUAUAGUUCAAGUAGCAAAAAGACUGCUGAUGUCGCAGCCAAGUGUCGCUGCAAGAGGCGAUUUGAGAAAGAUGCCCUCUUUAGAAUACAUUCAAGCUGGAUUAAUAGACACCGAAGGGAAAAUGCCAAGUGGCAGAAAGCUAUCGCUCUGGAGAUAAUUUGUCACUAAAUGAUUAUAUCUAAGUGAAACAUUAAGCUGUUUGAUUGCUUUAUUUUACAGUACAUGUAUUCAUUUUCGAGGACUCUGGUCGAAACUGUUCAGGUGUUGUUAAUUGAACUUUUGACUUAAUUGGUGGUAAAGAAAAUCAUCGACUACCAUUUGCCCGAAAAACCUACGUUUUGUGAGUAGGCAUUUUUUAAUUUUAAAUGCUUUGGUAGCAUGAGGGUAGAUAGUUGAGACGUAUUCUGGAAAAUUGUCAUUUCAUUCUUAACGUGAUGCACUAAACAUCUAGUUAUCAUCAUCUAUCAUCAGUUAUGCGUUACUACAUAUUAACUUGUACAUAAGUUUAUGUGAGUGUUUUCUAAAAUAUAAUUUUAUAAAAUAAA